AGUAAUAUUUCUAAUUACUUGUUUUACAAUAUCUUAACAAUAGAUAUCAAGCAUGGCGGGAAAUAAUCGCAAGAGGAAUUUCACCAUUAUUGGUGUAUGUUCAUUAAUCUUGGUGGCUAUGGUAGUUGCAGUAGUCGUAACCAUGAAUUGGAAUGAUAAGGCGGCUAAUGCUGAAGAUGUUACGACUACAAAAAAAGCUAUUGAAUAUAUAUGCCAGACUACACGCUAUCAAAAUACAUGUGUUGAGAGCCUCGAGUCCACGGCUGAUGGCUCCUCAGAUCCCAAAGAUCUUAUCCAAAAGUCAUUUCAGGUGACAAUUAAGAAAAUUAAGCAAGCAAUUGACAAUUCAACAUUCAUGCAAAAGCUUGAGGAGGAUCCAAGAUCAAAAAUGGCCCUGGAGAACUGUCAGAAUCUAGCAUUGCAAGCCAUUAAUGAUCUCAAUAGAGCACACAUCAAGUUCGAAAGUUUUGAGUUCAAUGACCUGAGUCAUUGGAUUGCUGAUUUGAAAAUUUGGUUGAGUGGUGCAAUUACAUAUCAAGAAAGUUGCUUGGAUGGCUUUGAGAAAACAACCGGAGUGACAGGGGAGAAAAUGAAAAAGGCACUGAAUGUUUCCAUGGAGCUAACGAGCAAUGCCCUUUCAAUGAUCACCGAGAUUUCAGCUGUCUUCACAAGCCUCAACGCUGGUUCCAAUCGUCGUCGUCUCCUUUUCGAUGAAACCCCUGUUUUGGGUCAUGGAAUUGAGUUGUUACCUGAUUGGAUUGAUGUGGGAAGGCGCAGACUUCUUGCUGUUAAAAUUUCUAACGAAAUCAAACCCGAUAUGGUUGUUGCCAAGGAUGGAUCAGGCAAAUACAAGUUUAUCAAUGACGCUCUCAAACACAUCCCACAGCAUAGAAACGACACUUUUGUUCUGUACAUCAAAGAGGGAGUUUAUAAUGAGAAAGUGGAGUUCACUAGCACCAUGACGAAUUUGGUGGUCAUUGGGGAUGGUCCAACCAAGACCAGAAUCACCGGAAACCAAAACUUCAAAGACGGCAUUCCAACCUACCAAACUGCGACUGUUGCUAUAAUGGGAGAUUAUUUCAUUGCUAAGGACAUUGGUUUCGAGAACUCUGCUGGUCCAGAAAAACACCAGGCCAUAGCUUUGAGAGUGGCUGCAGAUAAAUCAAUCUUCUACAAUUGCCAUGUGGAUGGGUACCAAGACACUCUCUGCGUCCACACCUAUCGACAAUUUUAUCGGGAUUGUACGAUCAGAGGUACCAUCGAUUUUGUUUUUGGGGAUGGUGCUGCUGUGUUCCAGAACUGCACUAUCGCGGUACGAAAGCCUCUGAAAGAGCAACACUGCAUUGUGACAGCACAAGGAAGGACAGACCCCCGCCAGCCAACGGGACUUGUCUUUCAAAACUGCAGCAUUGUGGCUGAUGAUUCUUAUAAUGAGGUAAAGGGGGAAAUCAAGACAUAUCUUGGUCGUCCAUGGAAACAGUAUUCAAGAACUGUCAUAAUGGAAUCUUCAAUAGAUGAUCUGAUUCAGCCAGAAGGAUGGUUGGAAUGGAACAAAACAUUCGCUUUUGAGACACUAUUCUAUACUGAAUUCAACAAUAAAGGGUCAGGAUCAUCCAAAACAGAUCGUGUAAAUUGGUCAGGUGUUAAGGAACUUCCUAUUGAACGUGUUCAACGAUUCACAGCAUCAAAAUUCCUAGAUGCCGAUGAGUGGAUACCAUCUACUGGUAUCCCUUAUACCUCUGGAUUUUUCUUAUCGCCACCGCAAUCUGAUUCUUCCAUCGAAUACUCCCCUGUGGACGACGAAGAAUACAAAGACGAUGGCAGUGAGAAUGCAGUUGCAGCUCCGGCAGAAUCUCCGAGAGAAUCUUCUGCAGAUGCUCCGUCGACAGAAUCUGGGGCAGAAGCUCCGGAGUUAGAAUCCUCAGAGGAAUCUCCGUCAGAAUCACCAGUGGAAUCUCCGUCACAAUCUCCGGCAGCAGAUACAGAUGAAUAUUCGGCGGCAGCACAAGUACCAAGCCCAGCGGAAUCUCCGAACGGAGAAAUUUGGCUGCACGGUAGUGGGAGUGACGGCAGCUCCUAAAGAAGAAAUUAGGUGUUUGGGGCCUAAUUGGUUUUUAAGCUUUUGAUUGUCAAGAGCUUGACAAUAAUCAUGUGGUUCUCAUCUUCUUGAUUGGGGAUUUCCUUCAUUAUGAGCUUUCAUUCAAUCCUUCCCAAUCAACAAUUUUUGCUACUAUUAUUUGGAGAUACAAGACAAUUGUUGCUAACUGCUCGAACAAAUAAAAA